AUGCACUUCACAGGUCUCAUCCUGCUCCUCGCCUCCACCGCCCUGGCGAGUCCCGCCAACUCCCCCGGCCACGAUAACAACCCAAAUGCCGACAUCUUCCCAGACUUUGACCGCUACUCCGACUGGGCGAUCUGCAAGGGCGAAAUCACCAAGGACCGCUUCCCGAACCUGCAGGCCCCCAACGAUCAGGGCGGCUGCGUCCGUUACUACCAGGGCAUCGACAUGACAGGCGUCGUCACCGAGCUACACUUCUUCUUCAACCAUGGCUUCAAGACCGCCUGUGACUGCGCCGCAGCAUGCCUGAAUCGGCCGACCAUUUGCACGAACUGGGUGUGGAAACACGUUUUUAAUAAAAAGAAGGAUAGUGGCAGGAGGUCGUGCACUCUGUACAGCAGUCCCAAUCUGCCGAGCGGCGUGACGCUUGAUUACAAUCUGGCAAAGAGCGCGGGGUUUAAGCCAUUAGAUCCUAUGAAUAACCCACAGGCGGGAGCCCCGGCGCCAUUGACUUUCUUGGACGCAGCAAAUAAGCACCCAGAUAAGUUUGGAGUGUCUGGCUUUGCAGUGCAGGAUCAGAAUGGAAGACAGUUCUGCUAG